AUGAAGUUCUUCAUAGACGAUCUGCCCGUGCUUUUCCCCUAUCCGAGGAUUUAUCCCGAACAGUAUGCGUAUAUGUCUGAUAUCAAGAAGACGUUAGACGUUGGAGGCAAUGCCAUAUUGGAAAUGCCCUCAGGAACAGGGAAGACCGUGUCGUUGCUGUCGCUGACAGUGGCAUACCAGAUGCACUACCCUGAGCACAGGAAGAUCGUGUACUGUUCUCGUACCAUGAGUGAGAUUGAGAAAGCGUUGAUCGAGCUGAAGGGGUUGAUGGAGUACAGGACAAGGGAGCUGGGCUACGUUGAAGACUUUAGAGGGCUGGGGCUGACGUCCAGAAAGAAUCUGUGCUUGAACCCGAGUGUGAACAAGGAGAGAAAGGGUACAGUGGUUGAUGAGAAGUGCCGUCGUAUGACGAAUGGCCUGGCCAAGAAACGGAUACAGGAGGAUGGUGCUACGGAUGUUGAGCUCUGUGAGUACCAUGAGAACUUGUACGAAUUAGAGCCCGAUAACUUGGUUCCUCCGGGGGUUUAUUCCUUUGAGAGAUUGACAGAGUACUGUAAGGACAAGAAGACAUGUCCUUACUUCACCAUCCGUCGUAUGAUCCCAUUCUGCAACAUCAUCAUUUACUCAUACCAUUAUUUGCUGGAUCCCAAAAUCUCCGAAAGAGUGUCACAGGAGCUGUCCAAGGAUGCCAUUGUCAUCUUUGACGAGGCCCACAACAUCGACAACGUCUGUAUAGAGUCUUUGUCACUGGACCUAACUAAUGAUAUGCUCAAGAAGGCGUCGAGAGGUGCAACGUCCCUGAACAGGAGAAUUGAUGAUGUCAAGAAGACGGACGCAAAGAAACUACAAGACGAAUACGACAAGCUUGUGCAAGGACUAUCAGCCCAGGAGAUCAUCAAUAACGAUGAAGAUGCUAUGGAAACACCUGUGCUGUCGAGCGAUCUUCUGAAGGAGGCAGUUCCUGGUAAUAUCAGAAGAGCUGAGCACUUUGUUGCAUUCUUAAAGAGGUUUAUCGAAUACCUAAAGACCAAGAUGAAAGUGCUCAGUGUCACCUCUGAAACACCGACAAUGUUCCUACAAAAGCUGAAGGAGUUGACGUUCAUUGAGAGGAAGCCCCUGAGGUUCUGUGCUGAAAGAUUCUCUCUACUCGUUAGAACUCUGGAGAUUCAAGAUAUAGAAGAAUACGCAGCAUUAAAGGACAUCACGAAGUUUGCGACUCUGGUGUCAACAUAUGAACAAGGGUUCCAGCUCAUCUUGGAGCCCUAUGAGACGGAGAAUGCCACGGUGCCUAACCCAAUCUUGAGGUUCACGUGUCUUGAUGCCUCAAUCGCCAUAAAGCCCAUCUUUGAGAAGUUUUCAUCGGUGAUCAUCACUUCAGGAACCAUCUCUCCAUUGGAUAUGUAUCCGAGAAUGCUGGACUUUGAGACAGUGAUCCAAGAGUCGUACACUAUGACACUUGCUAAGAAGUCUUUCUUGCCAAUGAUUAUCACAAAGGGCUCAGACCAGGUUGCCAUAUCUUCGAGAUUUGAGAUCAGAAACGAUCCGAGUAUUGUAAGAAACUACGGAUCGAUGUUAAUUGAAUUCGCAAAGAUAACACCAGAUGGGCUCGUCGUUUUCUUUCCAUCAUAUCUUUACAUGGAGAGCAUCAUCUCCAUGUGGCAAUCUAUGCACAUACUUGAUGAAGUAUGGAAGUAUAAGCUUAUCCUUGUGGAGACGCCAGAUGCCCAGGAAACGGCAUUGGCACUGGAGACUUAUAGAACUGCAUGCUCUAAUGGACGAGGUGCUGUGUUACUAUCGGUGGCCAGAGGAAAAGUCUCUGAAGGUAUCGAUUUUGACCAUCAAUACGGACGCACCGUUCUCAUGAUUGGUAUCCCGUUCCAAUAUACCGAGUCAAGAAUACUGAAAGCACGCUUAGAAUUCUUAAGAGACCAUUACCAGAUCAGAGAGAAUGACUUUCUAUCUUUCGAUGCAAUGAGACAUGCUGCUCAGUGCUUGGGAAGAGUCCUCAGAGGUAAAGACGAUUACGGUAUCAUGGUGCUAGCAGACCGUCGUUUCGCCAGAAAGAAGAACCAAUUGCCCAAGUGGAUUGCCCAAGGAUUGUCCGAUGCUGACGUUAACUUAUCAACAGACAUGGCCAUUGCCAAUGCCAAACAGUUCCUAAGAACCAUGGCUCAACCACAGAAUCCAAAGGAUCAAGAAGGUGUUUCAAUAUGGGAUAUCAACCAAUUACAGGCCUUCCAAUUGGAACAGCAGCAUCACCAGUUAGCUGAGAUUGACGGGGAUGGUGAUGUUCCAAUGCUUACGCACGAAGAGGAACUAGAACUUGCAGAGUUAAAUGACCUUUGA